UCUCUCAUCUCUUCAUAUUUUCGGAGUGAUCAGAACCUAGCUGUGGCUAGGUAGCUAGUACAUUUUCAGUUCACUGUUUCUUUUUGUUACCUCUUUCUCUGCUGCUUAAUCAUACGGGUCGAGCAUAAGAGCUAGCUUCCUUUGUCUCUAUUGAUCUCUCUUUUUACUUUUUAUCUUCUUCUGCCUUGGCUGCAAUACUACUUUGAGAGAGAGAGAGAGAGAGAGAGAGAGAGAGAGAGAGAGAGAGAGAGAUGGGACAUCACUCAUGCUGCAGCAAACAGAAAGUGAAGAGGGGGCUAUGGUCUCCGGAGGAAGAUGAAAAACUCAUCAACUGCAUUACAACAUAUGGCCAUGGCUGCUGGAGCUCAGUUCCUCAACAUGCAGGCCUUCAGAGAUGUGGAAAGAGCUGCAGACUGAGAUGGACAAAUUAUUUGAGACCAGACUUGAAACGUGGGAGCUUCUCUCCCCAAGAAGCUGCACUCAUCAUCGAACUCCAUAGCAUUCUAGGCAACAAAUGGGCUCAGAUAGCCAAGCACCUGCCAGGAAGAACAGAUAAUGAAGUGAAGAACUUUUGGAACUCAAGCAUAAAAAAGAAGCUCAUCCCUCAUGAAGUUAAUCCUGCAUUUGCCUCCUUUUCUAGUGAUCAUAUUCACAACUCUAGAAGUCAUGGCUCUGAGGAAGGUUUCUUCACUCUCAAUACAAACCCUAAUUUGGGUUCUCAACCACAAGACCAGCUAUACCUCCCCAUUGUUCCAUCACCAACUCCAUCACUAGGUCUCGAUUAUCAUGGUGAUUUUAAUAACAUUCUCAAGUUAGACCAGACCAGUUACGCUUCCAAUUUCGUCGAUCAUUUUUUGCCGCCUUUCCAAUUACCAUCAAAUAAUUCAUCCUCAUGUGAAUCCUCAUCAUGGUCUUUAGGCUAUCAGCCCCAUUGCCAAUAUGAUCCAAAUGUUCAACAAGUUCAAAAUUUCAGCAUCAAUGAAGCUGCAGCUGCACAGUAUAAUAAUAUUGGUAAUGAGCUCAUGGUUCCAAUUAGUAUGGCAUCGUCAGCGCCAGCCGCUUAUGAAAUCAUUGAUAGUAAUGCUUGUGGAAUGCCAAUACUAUACCCAUCUGAUACACAAGAACUUGAUUCACUUACCAAAUUAUCAUGUUUUACUUCUGAUCAUGGGUCUCACCCUCAAGAUCUUCAAUUUCCAUCCAACCAGUUGGAGUGCAUUAAGGCAAUCAUGUCCUCGUUGCCAUCGUCUUCAUCAUCGUUGUAGCUUCUACCGGCAUCUUCAUCCUUGUCACCUCCAAUUUGUCGCAAACCUUAAUGUUCAUUCAAGCUGCUGGGAAGCCUAGCUGGUUAGACAUAGUAUUAAAUUUGCGAAUUGUAUGGUUGAUUAAAAUAAUGGUACGGAUUCCCUGAUUUGGUGGAUUAGGAGGAAGGGAUCCAGGAUCCCUUUCAUAUCUUUCUAUCUUGACAUUUGAAUAAGGUGAUGAUAUUCUCAUUACCAGAAAACCUAAAUGUUGCUAGUUCAGGCUCCUUAGGGAGUAAUGUUUGUUGAAACUC